GACGCGGGAUGGAGCGCCACGGAUUUCAGUUUUUCUGACUGUUAAAUAAAAGGAUGAUUGCUCACAAACAGAAAAAGACAAAGAAAAAACGUAUUUGCGCAUCAAACCAACUUUCUACUGAUGUUACAACUUCUGAAAUGGGGCUCAAGUCUGUAAGUUCCAACUCCAUUUUUGAUCCGGAUUACAUCAAGGAGUUGGUGAAUGAUAUCAGGAAGUUCUCCCAUAUGUUACUAUAUUUGAAAGAAGCUAUUCUUUCAGACUGUUUUAAAGAAGUCAUUCAUAUACGUCUGGAUGAACUUCUCCGUGUUUUAAAGUCUGUAAUGAAUAGACAUCAGAACCUCAAUUCUGUUGAUCUUCAGAAUGCUGCAGAAAUGCUUACUGCAAAAGUGAAAGCUGUGAACUUCACAGAAGUUAAUGAAGAAAACAAAAACGUUAUCUUCCGUGAAGUGUUUUCUUCCAUUGAAACUUUGGCAUUUACCUUUGGGAAUAUCCUUACAAACUUCCUUAUGGGAGAUGUAGGCAAUGAUUCAUUACUACGACUGCCUGUUUCUCAGGAAAGUAAGUCUUUUGAAAACAUUUCUGUGGAAUCAGUGGACUCGUCCAAUGAAAAAGGAAAUUUUUCUCCAGUAGAACUAGACAGCGUGCUGUUAAAGAACACUGACUCUGUAGAUUUGGCUUUGUCAUAUGCUAAAACAUGGUCAAAAUAUACCAAGAACAUAAUUUCAUGGGUUGAGAAAAAGCUUAACUUGGAAUUGGAGUCCGCUAAAAAUAUUGUAAAGUUGGCAGAGGCAACAAGAACUAACAUUGGAGUACAGGAGUUUAUGCCACUGCAGUCUCUAUUUACCAAUGCUCUUCUUAGUGAUGUAGAGAGCAGUCACCGUUUACAACAAACAAUUGCAGCUCUCCAAGCCAACAAAUUUGUGCAGCCUCUACUUGGUAGGAAAAGUGAAAUGGAAAAACAAAGGAAAGAAAUAAAAGAACUUUGGAAACAGGAACAAAAUAAAAUGCUCGAAACAGAGACUGCUCUUAAAAAGGCAAAAUUGUUGUGUAUGCAACGUCAAGAUGAAUAUGAAAAGGCAAAAUCUUCCAUGUUUCGUGCAGAAGAGGAGCAUUUGUGUUCAAGUGGUGGACUAGCGAAAAAUCUCAACAAGCAACUAGAAAAAAAACGAAGAUUGGAAGAGGAGGCUCUUCAAAAAGUAGAAGAAGCAAAUGAACUCUACAAAGUUUGUGUGACAAGCGUUGAAGAAAGACGAAAUGAUCUAGAAAAUACCAAAAGAGAAAUUUUAGCACAGCUCCGAACACUUGUUUUCCAGUGUGAUCUUACUCUUAAAGCUGUAACAGUUAACCUCUUCCAGAUGCAGCACCUGCAGGCUGCCUCCCUUGCAAGCAGUUUACAGUCUCUCUGUGACAGUGCCAAACUCUAUGAUCCUGGCCAAGAGUACAGUGAAUUUGUUAAGGCCACAAAUUCAACUGAAGGAGAAAAAGUUGAUGGGAAUGUAAAUAAACAAUUAACAAAUAUUCCCCAAACUUCUGGAUAUAGACCUGCCGACUCUUUAGAGGACGUUGUACGCCUUCCUGACAGUUCUAGUAAAAUUGAAGAGGACAGAUGCUCUAAUGGUGCAGAUAUAACAGGUCCUUUUAUAAGACCAUGGACAUUUGGGAUGUUUAGUGACUCUGAGAGUACUGGAGGGAGCAGCGAAUCUAGAUCUCUGGAUUCAGAAUCUAUAAGUCCAGGACCCAGUUCCCUUGGAACAUUUAAGAAAACGUUGAUGUCAAAGGCAGCUCUCACUCACAAGUUUCGCAAAUGGAGAUCCCCCACGAAAUGUAGGGAUUGUGAAGGCAUUGUAGUAUUCCAAGGUGUUGAAUGUGAAGAGUGUCUUCUUGUUUGUCACCGAAAGUGUUUGGAAAGUUUAGUCAUCAUUUGUGGUCAUCAGAAACUUCUGGGAAAAAUACACUUAUUUGGAGCAGAAUUUACACAAAUCGCAAAAAAGGAACCAGAUGGCAUCCCCUUUAUACUCAAAAUAUGUAUCUCAGAGAUUGAAAAUAGAGCCUUAUGUCUACAGGGAAUUUACCGGGUGUGUGGAAACAAAAUAAAAACCGAAAAACUGUGUCAAGCUUUGGAAAAUGGAAUGCACUUGGUAGACAUUUCAGAAUUUAGUCCACAUGACAUCUGUGAUGUCUUGAAAUUAUACCUUCGACAGGUAAAGUUUUUUGCAGGAGUAGGUGCAAAGAAAACACAUCUGUGGAGAGAAAUAAAUGAUCUUAGUGGCUUCAGGCAGCAGCUCAUGGAGGGAUUGCAGGAACUUAGUCAGCACAUUGUCAGGAGCCAAGUGCUAAAAAGAUCUGGGCCAGGCCCAGCUGGCAUUCUGUCCUUGAGUGAAAAUGAAGAGACAGUGGCAGAGAGAAUAGUGACGGUCGUCCUCAGCAUGUCGGUCUCUGAAGUUCUGAUGCUCCAAUCUGGAUCCUUUUUAAUAUGGGUAGUAGAUCAUGCAGAAGAAAACAAGAUGAACUCCAAAAACUUGGGAGUGAUAUUUGGACCAAGUCUCAUUAGGCCAAGGCCCACAACUGCUCCUGUCACCAUGUCCUCUCUUGCUGAGUAUUCACAUCAGGCUCGGCUGGUAGAGUUCCUCAUCACUUACUCACAGAAGAUCUUCGAUGGGUCUCUACAGCCACAAGAUGUGUGUAGUCCAGGUGCUGUUGCGCCUCAGGUUGAUCAAGGCUGUCUUCCGAAGCCUCUAUUAUCACCAGAAGAAAGAGACCCAGAACAUUCUAUGAAGUCACUGUUUUUUUCAUCAAAGGAAGAUAUCCAUACUGCAGACAGUGAAAGCAAAAGUUUUGAACCAGCUACAUCAUUUGAGGAAUCAGAACGCAAGCAGAAUGCAUUACAAAAAUGUGAUGCAUGUCUCACUGACAACGAAGUGUUUUUGCUUAUAGACCAAAUCAUUGAAUCAACUUCCCAAAAGAUGGAAAAUGUUUAUAAAACUCCUAAGCCACUUAUUCUGAAAUCCGAUAGGGCAACAAACAAUGUGGAGAGGCAUGCUCCAAGGACCAGGGUUAGACCUGUCAGUUUGCCUGUAGAUAGACUUCUUCUUGUAGGUCCUCCUCAUGAGAGACAUGGCAGAAAUAUGGGAAAUGUAAAUUCAGACAAGUCCUGCAAGAAUCCUGCCUUUGAAGGAGUUAAUAGAAAAGACACCCCCACCACUGUUUGUUCCAAAUUCAAUGGCUUUGACCAGCAAACUUCAGAAAAAACUCAGGACAAACAGUAUGAACAAAACAACAUUACUGCCAAGACUGCAAUGAUUGUACCCAGUGCACUCCAGGGAAAAGGAGUGACGACGAGCAUCAGGAUCAGUGGGGACCAUUCCCUCAGUGCCACUGAGCCCAGUAAGCCACAUACAGAGCCAAUCAGGUCAGCAAGAGAGGUGACAGAGAGACGGUCCUCUGAUUCCUACCCUCUCGCUUCUGUCAGAGCACCCAGAACACUGCAGCCGCAACACUGGACAACAUUUUAUAAACCACAUGCUCCCACCAGCAACGUCAGGGGGAGUGAAGAGAAAGUGGCGUCGCCCUCUGGAGCAGCUGCUCCUGGCACAGCUGCCCAGGGACACAUGGUGAAAUCAGUUCACGACUUGGACACUGCAACAGCUUGUCCUGGGCACCCAAUUAGUCAGCCUAAGGAGAACUGUGAGGGGCAUGGCUUGCCUGAUGUGAACCCAGCAUGUCAGAGACCAAGGCUAAAACGAAUGCAACAAUUUGAAGACCUUGAAGAUGAAAUCCCACAAUUUGUAUAGAGUUGUAAGAAUUCAGAAAAAAAUUUCUUUUAUUGUUGUUUUGUUUUAUGGUAUUGUGUUUGUUUUGUGCGAGAAUGUUUGAUGGGGUCCCCUUUGUAUAGGAUUGCCAAUUCAUAGAUUUUCCUUUUUGUUGUUGUGUAUUAUCCUCUGUUGGUCAUACCGAAUGGCAGAAUGUUUUGAUAGGGCUACAUUUGUGCCUCACUGGAAUUGUCUUUAAAGUCUGAAAUUUAAAGUUAUGAAUAAAAUGGGUAGAUUCAUAUUUUUUAAAAUUCAGUUGAUUUUCCCCAUAAAAUGGUCCAUUUAAAAUGCCUAAUAUCCCUAAUAUAUGAUAUAGUUCUCAAUUAAUAGGUGCAGUUGGGGAAAAUCAGCUUUAUUUUUUGGUGUGAAACUAAGUGCUUAUUUAUAAAAGGAAUGUUUCUGAAUGUAAGUGCCUAAAAGAUCUUUGUUUGGUAUGAAUAUGUUGUUUUCACACAAUUUUAUAGGCAUGUUUGACCAUUUGUGCUUUUAAUGGUAUAUAUGUAAACUUUUACUUUUCAGUUGGCAAUUCACUUAACUUUUUAAUAUGUGCAUGAUUGCCAAAAGGCUUGCAAAUCUGUAUUUAAUUAAAUCGCAAAUCUGCAAAUUAAUUAAUUGCCAGUUUUUACAUGUGGUAGUCAAUUAAAUUGUGCAAAGAAAAUGCACUUAAACCUAUUUCUAAAUUAUAUAGUUCAGUUACAUCUUACUCUGCUUUAGGCAGUUUUAAUACAUUUGAUAGUUUUCACCCCUUGGCUUUGUUCUACAUAAACUUUUUUUUUUCAAUAGUUCUGAACUUUUUGGUAUUUUAUAAAUGGUCCCAAAAAAUGCCUGUUCCAGAAGUUUUUUAAUUCAGUGCAUUUCUUUUUGAUAUUGUCUGGGUUUUAUUAAAAUCAUUCCUUUUGUAUGAAAUGUUUUGAUGUAUGAAUCAUUGUAUAUUCUUGUUCUACCUGGACUGUCGAUCAUUGAAAAUGUGUAUUUCAUCUGAAUCAAGCAAAGAUGUAUUUAAGUUGAUUCUGAGGGUACAGUUCAAUAUGCCUCAUUGUUUGGAAUUUGAGAGAAGGUGUAGAUCUGUUUCAUUUAUAAAAUUCUCAGUUUUUAGAAGUAGUAAAUUCCUGUUAUUUUCUAGGUUUCAUCAUUUUGGAUAUAAAAGGGACAAAAAAAUAAAACAGCCUCUUUUUGUAUAUGUGAAUUAUAUUUCUAGUAAAUGCUUUUGUAUGGCCAUGUUAUAUUUGAUUAAAAAUAUAUAUAUAUUAACUUGUUAAAUUA